AUGGAAUCCAUGGAGGUGGAUGAAAAUGCUCCCCAGCACUACAUUCGCACACCGGAGGAUGUGAAGGCCAUUGUGAAGCACGCCAAACUGGACGAGCGCCAGCUGACCCAACUCACCCAGGCGCUGUAUUUCCCCUCGGCACACGUGGACUCCGAUAAUCUGCGCCUCCUGGAGCUGGACGGGCACAUGCUGGAGCAGAUCCGCGACGGCCAGACGCUCCACUUCAAGGGCGGCCAGAACGAGAAGGUGGUGCUCUGCACCGACGAGCGAACCUACGACGUGAAGGGCGCCGAGAUCUCCAACAGCCUGCUGUUGGUUCCGGACCUCAAGUUCGCCGCCGCCACCAGUACCUCUCCGCUGAAGAGUCCGCGGACGGGCAACGCAAACGCCUCCUUAGAGCGGAGUCUGAACGACAGCACGGAGGAUGAACUGGAGGUGCCGCGCACCCUGGAGCAGCGACCGGUGCUCAAGGUGUUCCACGAGUACUUCGAGUGUCGCGAGAUCAAGCCGCGCUUUCGCAAGCUGGGCGAACUACUGCAACUAACUCGGUAUUCGGGGCCGGAGAACGAGUUCUGCGUCGAGCAGAAGCUGCUCUUCACCCUCUCCCAGCUCCUGGACACGGUGCAGUGCAGCCGGGCGCAGUUUAUGGAGGGAUUGAACCACUACCGGGCCAUGGAACUGGACGGCCGAAUGCGCGUCAUGGAGUACGAGUACGAGUACCGCAUUAUCAGCAUGAUGCUGGGAGUGAUUAGCGAAAACUCUUGGUCACUGGACGAAGUGGAGAGGGAGGAAACCAUCAACGCACUCAAGGGCAUUGCUCCCGAGGAAGUUGUGGCUGGGCUAUUUGAUAUUUAUACCACUCCUAGCGAACGUUGUCCGGGAAAGUUUGAGUACCAAGAAUCUCUGGUCUCCCGGAUCGUGGCACAAAACAUUCUACAGCCCGGCUUGCGAUUCCGCAACGAGGAGUUUAUGCGCACCUGGCAGGAGGCGCUACCAGAGGGCAUGUCCUGCCAACUGAAGUACCUUCGAGGCCUGGGCAUCUGCGACAAGGAGGGAGCUCAGCCAUGCAUCCGCUCGCUGGCCGAGGAGCAACUGCCCACCAACAUCAACGAUCGCAUGAAGGCCUUGUUUAAGACUAAGCAAAGGUGGACAAUGGAUGAAAUGGAGCCGUACAUUGAAUGUUUUACCACCCCCACUUUGUCCGUAUCCACACUUCUGGCCAAGCACGCUCGCUCGUUAACAGAUGGAGGUGUGCGGUACUUUGUUUCGAAGCAUUAA